UGCGACCCUGCGGAAAUUUGUGUUUUUUUUUAUACUUCUCAAAAAAUUUCUAUGGACGGCCAAUUAAACAACGAUGGCGUCCAGCCAGCGCCAUUGAUGUCCAUACGAUUUGAGACGCAACAGCAAUUGUCGGAAAACGCGGCGGCAACGGCAUCGGCCCCGACCAAUGGGAACGAAAAUGGCAACGCUAACGCAGCCGGCGAUGCUGCUAUUGAUGAAUCGGACUAUACGGAAGUUGGCGAUAGAGAAGAUCCUACGGAUGCUGCUGCUGAUUUAGUUUUACCCAAAGCUCUAGAGGAUGUUCUAGCUCUUAAGGACCAACGUGCUGCCGAGUUUACUAUCGACGGUGACUCCCAAGGUGGCAGUGGCACACAAGAAGGCGGCGACUUUGCCGAUGUGGGUGAUGAGAGCGAUGAUGAAGCCGAAAAUCAAGUAAAUGGCAGUGGCAUCAGCAAAUCCGCCAAACAGAGCAAGGCGGAAAAAAACAAAAAGAAAAAGCGACGUAAGAAGCAGAAUAAGAAAUUGCGGCAACAAUUGGAAGUUGAGAGGCAAAAUCAAUUGGCCACUACAGAGAGCCGGCAAGGUCAAGAAAAGGAUAAUUCGGAUGAAAAUGAAGCAAAAGCCGAGCAAGAGCCGAAGGCAACCGGCAGCGACGAUGAGCAUUAUGAGAAGGAUAAAAAAGGAAAACACAAGGAACAUCGCUCAAGUUCAAGCAGAAAAAGGAGAGAACGCGUUGAGGAAAAAUCCAAAGAAAAGAAACCCGCUGAGACAAGUGAAGAUGAAGUGACAAUUGAAUAUGUGCCCGAAAAGAUAACCAUAGCAGAUCUGGCACCCAUGUACAGACAAUUUUAUCGUGUCUUUGAAAUCUUUAAAUUAGAGAAUAAACCCAAGCCAGCCGAAAAGGACAAGUCUGCAUUGGAUGGCGAAGCUUUGGCUAAGGAUAGAAAAUCCACUGAUAAGCUGCAUGGUGAGGAUGAUGAUGAUGAUGCCGACGAUGAUGAAGAUGCACAGAAGGCAGAUAAGGAGAAGUUAUCAAAAAGAAAACUCAAAAAAUUAACACGGCUCAGUGUAGCCGAGCUAAAGCAGUUGGUCUCCCGCCCAGAUGUGGUUGAAAUGCAUGAUGUUACCGCACGUGAUCCCAAAUUAUUAGUUCAAUUGAAGGCCUACAGGAAUACAGUGCAGGUGCCCAGGCAUUGGUGUUUCAAGCGAAAGUAUUUGCAGGGCAAGCGUGGUAUAGAGAAGCCGCCAUUCGAUUUGCCAGCUUUCAUUAAGAAAACGGGUAUCAUGGAAAUGCGUGAAUCACUGCAAGAACGAGAGGAUGCCAAAACCCUAAAGGCCAAAAUGCGAGAGAGAGUGCGACCCAAGAUGGGUAAAAUCGACAUUGACUAUCAGAAACUGCACGAUGCCUUCUUUAAAUGGCAGACCAAGCCACGUAUGACCAUACACGGUGAUCUCUAUUACGAGGGCAAAGAAUUCGAGACACGUCUGAAAGAAAAGAAACCGGGUGAUUUAUCCGAAGAGCUACGAAUCGCCCUUGGUAUGCCAGUUGGUCCACAAUCGCAUAAGAUUCCGCCCCCAUGGCUGAUAGCCCAGCAGCGUUAUGGGCCGCCACCUUCGUAUCCGAAUCUAAAAAUACCAGGUCUAAAUGCUCCCAUUCCAGAGGGCACAGCAUUUGGUUAUCAUGCAGGAGGUUGGGGUAAGCCGCCGGUGGAUGAAAAUGGCAAACCCUUGUACGGAGAUGUGUUUGGAACCAAUAUGUUGGACCUUGACAAUGGCAUCGAUGAGGCCGACAUUGAACGUAAUCAAUGGGGUGAACUGGAAUCCGAAUCUGAAGAAUCUUCCGAGGAGGAAGAAGAGGAUGGCGAAGAUCUAGGCGAUCAGCAGGAUGAAACUGGUCUGGUUACGCCUGUUGAAGGUUUGGUUACCCCAUCGGGUCUGACCAGUGUACCAGCCGGCAUGGAAACACCCGAAAAUAUUGAGCUACGUAAAAAGAAGAUCGAAGCCGAAAUGGAAGAUAAUGAAACCCCCGUGCUUUAUCAAGUGCUGCCGGAGAAGCGCACUGAUCGCAUUGGUGCUUCCAUGAUGGCAUCUACACAUGUGUAUGAUAUAAGCGGAACUGGGGCUGGAGCUGGUGCUGCUAAACCGCCACCAGUUCGUUCCACAACCAACACGACCACAGAUCGUGAGGGCAUUGUUGAAUUGGCUUUGGAUCCAAGUGAAUUGGACAUGGACAAUGACGCAAUGGCUCAACGAUAUGAACAACAAAUGCGCGAACAGCAAAAUCAUUUGCAAAAGGAGGAUCUUUCUGAUAUGUUGGCCGAGCAUGUGGCACGUCAGAAAUCCAAACGCAAGCGGCAACAAACGGAUCCGGCCAAGUCCACAAAGAAGUACAAGGAGUUCAAGUUUUAGUCGAGCAAAAGAAAUUAACAAUAAAACAUUUUCCAUACAAA